AUGAAACCUGUCAAUGAUACACAAAUUUCAGAAUUUCUUCUACUGAGAUUUUCAGAGGAAGCAGAACUCCAGCCCCUCUUAUUAGGACUACUCCUCAGCAUGUAUCUGAUCACUAUGUUUGGGAACCUGCUCAUCAUACUGGCUGUCAAAUCUGACUGCCACCUCCAGAUGCCCAUGUACUUCUUCCUCUCCCACCUGUCCUUUUCUGAUAUCUGUUUCACCUCCACCACCAUCCCCAAGAUGCUGGUGAACAUCCAGUCACAGAGUAAAGUCAUUACCUACAAAGGUUGUAUCACACAGGCAUAUUUUUUCAUACUGUUUGCAGCACUGGACAACUUCCUCCUGAUUGUGAUGGCCUAUGACCGCUUUGUGGCCAUCUGCCACCCCCUACUCUACACGAUCAUCAUGAAUCCCCAGCUGUGUGGACUGCUGGUUCUGAUCUCCUGGAUCAUCAGUGCUCUCUAUUCCUUAAUACAAAGCUUAAUUAUGUUGUGGCUGUCCUUCUGUACAAAUGUGGAAAUCUCACACUUUUUCUGUGAACUCAAUCAGAUGUUCAAACUGGCCUGUUCUGACACCUUUCUCUACAACAUGGUGAUAUAUUUUGAGGCCAUCUUACUUGGUGGUGGUUCUCUCUUUGGUAUCUUUUAUUCUUACUCUAAGAUAGUUUCCUCCAUACAUACAAUCUCUUCAGCUCAGGGGAAGCAUAAAGCAUUUUCCACCUGUGCAUCUCAUCUCUCAGUUGUCUCCUUAUUUUACUGCACAGCCCUGGGAAUGUACCUUAGCUCUGCUGCUCCCCAGAGCUCACACUCAAGUACAAUAGCCUCGGUGAUGUACAGUGUGGUCACACCCAUGCUGAACCCCUUCAUCUACAGUCUGAGGAGCAAAGACAUAAAUAAGUCCCUGACAACAUUCAUUGUAAUGAAAACUACAAAAAGAUAA